AAAGGAUCUAGAUGCUAGACUCGCCUUCCUUCCACACCAUUUCAUAUGUAAUGUUACUUCCAUGGGAAUACUAUUCUAUUCUAUUCUAUUUUUUACUAAUUCAACAUCCCAUUUUCUCACAUACACACGCUAUCAAAUUCAAUAAAUACGAUACGAGUCCUCAACUCUCAACAACCCCACUCUCCAAUCCCAAUUCCAAACCCACCACCAAAAAAAGGUUAAUUUUCGGAUCUAUCAAUUCAAUGGCGAUUAGGUCCUCGACGAUCGCGGCGGUGAUGACGGUGGUGGUCCUGUUGGCCGCUGGAAGAGUGGCGGAGGGGCAGUCGUCGGACUGCGCCUCUAAGCUGGUGCCCUGCGCGGAGUACUUGAACUCGACGAAACCCUCAGCGGAGUGCUGCGACGCCAUGAAAACUGUCAUAACAACUCAGCUUCCUUGCCUCUGCGGAUUGAUCAGAAACCCAGGCGUUCUCCCCGUUAAUAUCACUCAAGCUCUUGAGCUCCCUAAGCAUUGCAACCUCCCUAGCAAUACCAGUGCUUGCAACGCUCUUGCUGACGCUCCAGGCUCCUCAUCUCUCCCACCUCCAGCGACACCCGGUGGCAACGGCGGGAACGGUGCUGGUGCACUCACACAGAUGGGGAUGCCGGCUCUCCUUCUGGCCUCAGCUUUCACCUUCUUUUAUUAGUUGGAGAAAUCGACAUAUAUAAUACCCAUUUCUAUGUAUGAUUUAUUUUGUUUUGAUGGUAGAGAUUAAUAAGUUUGGAUGUUGCUACUACUACUACUACACUGCGUGAUUUUUAUUUAUCUCAUGGGUUAAUAAUUAUAUUGGCAUAUCA